UCUUGCCUUGAAUGUGUUCACCUGAAUGCCCAUUAGAACAUCUCCAACAAACACUUCAUCUUCUCACUCCCAUCUCAAACUUCGUCAAUGUCACCCCCAACUCAUGCAAUUGCAAAGGCUGUGGUUGCCACUGCUGUGAUUACUUUUUUCAUUGCAGGGUUUUUCUUCUACUUCUUCCAAAAAUUUGUUCUUGCUCGAUACCGCCGGCGAAACCAAGUGGCUGCAAGAUUUCUUCAAGAUCAAGGAGAAAGCCAUGUAGAUAUACAAAAAUUUGGUGGUAAUGUGAGAGGACUAGUUGUUGAAGAAAAUGGGGUUGGUGUUCUUUACAUGAUGGACUCAGAAUGCAGAGAAAUGAGAACUGGCUUCCCAAAUAGUAUAUUCAAUCCAAGUUUUGAAGAUCAUGAAGAGGAAAAGAGAAUAAUAGAUGUAAUGGUCCAAAGACAACACUUGCAACAAUCACCUGAGUUAGCACUUUCUCUUCCACCUCUACCAAAACCUUCACCAAUGAAUCAUGAGAAGAAAAAUCAACCACCACCACCACCUCCACCUCCUCCUCCUCCUCCUCCACCACCUCCUCCUCCGCCUACCCCUCCUCCUCCCCCUGCUCCUCUUCUUUUUCGUCGUCCUCCUCCUCCUCUUUUUCCUCCUUCUCCACCACCACCACCUCUGCCUUCCUCUCCCACCACCAUACAUAGAAAAAGUGCAGCAUCACCACCUGGUCCACCUCCACUUCCAAGCAGUGGCUUGUUCUCAUCUUUCAAACCCCCACCUGCACCUAAAGGGAAACCAAACAAAAAAAUCACCAAAAAGGCUGCAGUGGGGGAGAGUUCAAGAGAGAAGGGUCCUAGCCAAACCAGGUUGAAGCCUCUACAUUGGGAUAAGGUUCUAGCCAAUGUUGAUCAUUCAACUGUGUGGGAUCAGAUCAACGAUGGCUCUUUUAGGGUUGAUGAUGAACUCAUGGAAUCACUCUUUGGAUACUCAAACAGUUACAAAACUAAUGAAACAAAAAAAGCUCUUUCCAACUUGGCCAAGUCCAAUUCCAACACACCAUCUCAGAUAUUCAUCCUCGAGCCACGAAAAUCACAAAACACAGCAAUUGUGCUAAGAUCACUAGCAGUAUCUCGCAAGGGAAUCUUGGAAGCACUGCUCGAAGGUCAGGGUCUCAGUGUUGAGACACUUGAAAGGCUCACCAAAAUAGCUCCUUCUCAAGAAGAAGAAGCCAAAAUCAUCCAAUUCAGUGGCAACCCAGAUAAGCUUGCUGAUGCUGAGUCAUUCUUAUACUACAUCCUGAAAGCAGUUCCAACAGCAUUCAACCGUUUGAAAGCAAUGCUUUUCAGGUCAAAUUAUGACUGUGAAGUUCUUCAGCUCAAGGAGAACCUCCAAACAAUUGAAAUGGGUUGUAAGGAGCUGAGAAAUAGUGCUCUUUUUCUGAAGCUCCUUGAGGCCAUUCUCAAAGCUGGGAACAGAAUGAAUGCUGGAACCUCAAGAGGCAAUGCACAAGGUUUCAACUUGAGUGCUCUUAGAAAACUUUCUGAUGUAAAAAGCACAGAUGGGAAAACCAGUUUGCUUCACUUCAUAGUAGAACAAGUAGUUCAGUCAGAAGGGAAAAGAGAAAUUAUCUAUCAAAAGCACAAUGGUGAAAUCAUACAAGAGGCAGAGAAAGAGUGUCUAAUGCUUGGUUUUCCAGUGUUAGGUGGGUUAAGUGAUGAGUUAUAUGAAGCAAAGAAAGCAUCGAGCAUUGACUACCACAAUUUCAUUACUACGUGUUCCAAUCUCAGUGCUCAUGUUGGUGAAAUUAGACAGAUAAUAACAUGCUGUGGCAACACUGAGAGAGGUGGAUUCACUAGGGAAAUAAAAGGGUUCCUAGAGGAAUGUGAGGAGGAGCUUAAGGUGGUGAAAGAGGAGCAGAAAAGGAUCAUGGAGCUUGUGAGAAAAACAAAUGAGUACUAUCUAGCAGGAGCAAUAUCCAAAGAUAACAUGUCAAACCCCUUACAACUGUUUGUUAUUGUGAAAGAUUUUGCUGACAUGGUAGAUCAGGCUUGCAUUGAACUAAAAAGGAAGAUGGAAAAGAAGAGUGUAGGAGGAGAGCCUGGAUAUUCAACACCACCUUUGUCACCAUCAAAGAGGACAGCACUUAGAUUCCCUAACUUUGAUUUGUAUUUUCUGUCAAAUAGGUCAGAAGCUACAUCUUGCAGCCUGUCAGAAGAUGAUUUCUGAAGAUUGGUGUUGCAUUUGUUUGUAUCAAUGUGAUGGUUCCUACAAAAUGUUCAUUAGAGUUCCUUCUUUGAUCAUAGAUUUGACAUGUAAAACUGUAAUUUCGACGAACUUUAAAACUUCAGUGGUGAUUCGAUGUAGUUGAAGCUA